AGAACCGCUAUUUUCUUUUUUUUUCUUAAUUAGAUAUAGACUAGAUCUAAAAUCUAGAUCUAGACUAUAAUCACUAUAUUUAAUAUUAAUAUAGAUCUACUCGGUCAAUAUCUAGAGACUUAUCUUAGUAUCUACUUAGAAGGCAUAGCUCACUUUGAACCUUGUAUUCUAAUGGAUUCUUGCUCAAAUAACUGUGAAGCACACAAGUUGGCAGAGAUGGAUUAUGCUCUCUGGACUGACUAUUUGGGUGAUUACAUUGCUAUGUGGCAAAGAAACUCAGUUCAGUUCAUACAGGAACAGCAGCAGAAAAUGCUAGGCAUGGCCAUGUGUCCUUUUCUUUUUGGAGUCACUUUGAACCUGCCUGAGGCCUGGAUCAAACUUCUCUAUAACAAUGGGAUUGUUGAGAGAGACAGGGCCAACAUGAGAACAUCUUUGACAGAGUCUGAAAUGGAAAUGUCAGAAAUGGCAGAAGUUAUAUUCAGACGUUGUUAUCAAUUAGUAGAAAAUAAAAGUGACUUGAAAACAAUCUUAAACUACAUUUAUGACGUGGAGGAAAGGUCCAAGCAAGGCUCCAUAGACUUGAAUUUUGCACUUGAUGAAAUAGGCAACAAGGAAAUUUUUAAAAGCAUGUGGGCACCUCUGAGGAAAACUUAUGAACACAAGAAAAAAAAAGCUAGCAUUUGUUUUAUCUACUUCUUUAAAACUAUUCACCAACAUUUAGUUUUUUAUGGUAGAGACGGUGUGGACAAAGCAGAGUUUACAAAGAAAUUAAUAGCUGAUAGAAAUAGUCAUAAAAAAGAAGUCUCCAUUGACAAAGAGAUAACAUUUAAACAAGGUAACACUGCAUUAAAGGAGGGAAACAGUAAGAGAGCUUUGGAAUUAUUUACUGCACUUGUAGAGACUGAUCCAUUAAACAGUCAACAUUAUAGCAACAGAGCACAGGCUAAUCUGCAGCUCAAGAAUUAUUGGGAAGCUUAUUGUGAUAAUAAAAGAGCUUUGUUAUUAGACCGCUCAUCAUAUAAAAAUUAUUAUCAAGCUGCCAAACUUUACAUAGAAUUUGGUCAGUUUGAUAAAGCUGAGGAAAUGAAUAAACUAGCUCUGAGAUUUGUGAAAGAUCAUCGUCGGGAACACAUCUUGAAACAGGCUCAGGAAAUAGAUGAAGCUAAGAAGAAGAUGAGUAAUGCCAGACUAGGUGAUAUGCUUAGUUCAAAGAAGGAGAAAGGAAAAGAAAAUGAGCCACCAGAAGUAGUUCCAGCUGAUGAGUUUCAUAAUGUCUUACAACAUAUUAUAGAGGCGUAUAAUUCCUCCAGAUACAAUAAAUCAUUAAACCUUUGUAAUACAGCAUUAUCAUUAAUAUCUUUGAAUGGAUUAGAGAUAACCAGGGCUAAUAAAGAUGAUCUACUUAUGUUAAAUUAUGUUCAUGCUAUGUCUUCUAUAUACACAUCUCUUAACAUUCCAUCUGCUAUUGAACGUUUAAAAUGUAUCAAAGAAACAGAUAGAUGCAUUGCUGCAUAUUAUGGUUUAGGAGUUGGCUAUCUAAUGCUGCAUAGCUUUAACGAAGCCCAGAAUUAUCUAACUUGUGGGCUAGACAUUCUACGAAAUGAAAGUAAAUAUGCUAUAUGGCCCAUGGCACUUCAAAGUCUAAAUGAAACGGAGCCUAAUCGAUUAGAUAAAUUAAUAAAUGAAAAAUUAAAAGAAUGUUUGCCUCCUAAACCUGAUGGAGUCUGUCGCUAUCAUGUUGAUCAAGAUAAGAAAUCUAUUGAAAUUUAUAAACAAGCACCAGAUUAUAAGGGUUUUAUUAGACUACAAUGUACAGCUAAUUGUGUUAUAGACUUUCAUAAAUCUUGUUGGAAAACAUAUAAACACAAUUUUGGGGACAAGAUAACUGAUAAGGAAAUGUUAGAUAUAAAAUGUCCUACACCAGAGUGUUGGGGUUUCAUCUGUAAUAUAUGUAUAUCAUUACCAUCCACUGAUGUCAAACAGUUUACUUCCACUCAGACCGAUGAACCACCUAAAGAACCAAAGCCCAAAUUAAAGACCAAAGCUUUCAGCCCUCGAAAAAUUCAGACCAAAUGUGAGAAAAAGAGGCUUCGUAAAGAAAGAAGGGCUCAAGCCAGAUUAGCUGCUCUGGAAACAAAACCUCUUGAGGCUGAAGAAAAUGUGACCACAGAACCACCACAUGAAGUUUUGCCAGAUGUCAGUCAAAUAGUAGCUCCUGACUGCCAAGUGACACUACUCAAGAAAGAUGACCCAGAAUUGCUUGUUUCAACUAAGCAGAAGUCUAUGAAAGUUAAGAAGAAGAAAGAGAAAGUGAAAAACUUCCUGACAGUUGACCUCCAGUUUGCAGGAGAUGAUGAAAGGACACGCCUGAGUGCUUACUCCUUAGAGGAAGAACAAGAAAGCGAGGCUGCUAUCCCACCACCAGGCAUCAGUAAUGGUGCAGUUUCUGGUACCAAUCCAUCUAGCAGUGACCAGCAGUUCCAACUCCCAAAACCUGGGCAUGACAACUAUAAAACUGGACUCUUUCAAUUGUUUGCAAAUUUGUUGAAAAAUGAGAGUUUGAUAGAUCUUAACGGACACCUGGUCUUCGACAUCUUGCAGAACCUAGCCCCAGAAUCGAGACAGGAAAUAGAAUCUGUUGGCGGGUUACCACAAUUUAUGUGCCUUCAUCCCUCUUUCAUAGUUAUCAAUAACAGAUAUUUAGGCUUAAAGGAUUCAACUAGAUCUAGUAAGCCUACUGUAAGCAAACCUUUUUCCUGGGAAAAUAGAAAGAAACAAAGUGAAAUUAAUGACUUUACUGGCACGACUGCUGACUCUAAGAAGCCAUUGCCCUUGGUUGACACACUAAAGCCUCUCACCUUGAACCCAGCUGCAAAAGAGUUCUUUCCUCCAAGUCUGAAAGAAAAAAAGGGAGGCUACAAUGAUUUGGAUACAUUUGAGCUUCCCUCCUAUGCCCUGGCAGAGAAGGAGGACAGCGAUGAGGCUAAUGGUGGUUUCAUCACUGUAGGCAGAAAGUUGCCAAAACUAGGAGACAAGUUGAAACCUGUUCCAUCUAUGAAGUCUUCUUACCAUUCUCUUGAUGAGAUCACUCUGACUAAAUCAGCAAAGUCUUCAAAAGUAUCUUCAGUUGAAGCCAUAGCUAAGGAGCCAGAAGAGGACUACGUAACUUCUAGCAUGGCUCCUCCGCAUUCAGAUGCUUCUGAUUUGUCAGGAGAUAGAUCAAUAUCACCUGCCUCCACAUCCAGCUCUUUGGAUAAGCCUAAGGUUCAGGCUCCGUCACCCAUGCCACUGAAAGUACCGAAAAUCUCUUUGCCAUCCAGAGGCAAGAAGAGCAACUUGACCACUCGGCUUACCAGCAGGCCAUUGAUGAGCCUUGCUACUCAGAGGCUUCCACAGUCUGGUGAAAGCAGCAUCUCAAGUAGCAUUGCUGCAGAUGAUGAUGACAGAGAAUCUCUGGCCUCCACUUCUGACAAGGACAGCAUCACAGACCAAGCCAAACUCGGCUCUGGGGUAAUGUGGCCUGGCAAGGUGAACAGCCAUAAUGGCUCUGUGGAAAAAGAGCAGGCCAGUCUUAGUGAGCUGAAGAAGCCAGUCAGGCGUGACUUGUUUGACUCUGGGGUUGACAGCUGUCCCAACGAUGGCUCUUUGGUGCCUUUCACAACCAUUACUGCUCAGCAGAAUGUCUUUGAUACCAACAUCUGGUCCACGAGGGCAGAGCCUCUAAAGAAUGUUUGGCUAGCGCAGAGUAGUUUUUUCCCUUCGUUUAGCCAGGAUUCAUCGGUGCCUUCGUUUUCCACCGCUGAUAGACAGCCGCCGAUCCAGAAAUCACGAGUUCUGAGCCAGAUUGCUGAGAAUCAAGGUUUGGACAAUAGUUUUAGUAUAUCUGCCGAUGCUGAAUUAAGAAAUGUCUGGAGCAAGGGUGAUGAGGGCAAUGCCAGCUGGACAGGCAAGGGAUCGACUCUAGCAGAUAUGGCUGCCACACAUCAAACCUCCACUCCACUAAAGCUAAUUGAGCAGCAGACUUUGCCUGGCCAAGGGCCGUGGUUAAAUAAACCAGAUGUUUCUACUUCUUCUCUCCUUCAAUCAUCUGCCCUUGUAUCACUUGAAAGUAACGCUGUCUCCUGGAUGCUAUCCAGGCUCAAGCCAUCCAUUGGUGAUCAGAGGCUUGCUGAUAGUGUGCAAGCACCCCAGAAUGAUCUCCCUGUGGUAACAAAGCCACCAGGUUUUUCUCGAACCCCUGGAAAGAGAAACAAUUUUGCAGUUACCAGCAGUAGAGCAGAACGCAGCUCACAGGCCGAGGCCCAAUUCCGGGAUGUAGACCACACAAGUUACCAGUAUGCUGAGCCAUUUCCUUCUGCAUCAUUUCCUGACAGCAGUGACUCAUCCCUUUUUAGUUAUCAUAAUGAGCUACAAAACAGUUCAACCCAGACUGAAGGAGAAGACAACCAAGAGAAUCAGUUGAGCAGCUAUAACACAUGGAAUUCAUUUAACAAGUUCGGCACUCAAGGAGAUAGCCGAGCACUUCAAGCUCUACAACAGGAACUAUCGAAAGAAAGAAUUGUGCGUCAGGCCGCUGAGAGAGAGGUAAAGACAGAGAGGUCAAGAUGGCUGGAAAGACAUAAGGAUAUUGCUAGAAAAAAUAUCAAGAUUUUAGACGAAUCCCUGGCAAGUACCAGACAGGGGGAAGAUAAAUUCAGUAAACUUAUUCAGAAAAAGACAGAGUGGCUUCAUCAUUAUGAACUUUGCAAUGAAUGUCUCGUUCGAAGUGAGACUUCAUCACAUCUAGAGUUGGUUGACAUUGACCUCAUCAUGGAUAGCCUGCAACAGUUGUCAGCACCAAUCUUGAUAGUCAUGGAGAGCCCAAUCCAAAAAAUGGAGUUACCAAAGGCUUCAAUUAUUCCAGAUCAUGAGGUGAACACUUUACCCGCUGAAAGCUACAGAUUUGAAAGUUUAGACAGAAGCAACUUCAAUGACAGCAUUCCUAGUGCUGCUAAAAGAGCUGGUGGAAGCAUGCCCAAAAUUGCAAUUCCUAAGACUUCUACCAUCAAGUCACCAGCUCCUAGCAUCGUUAAGCAUGGCUUGCCAAUCCGUCCACUCAUGUCAAUUGGGUUAAUGCCCAAGCCAUCUGCGUCCUUAACCCAGCAGUCACAGACUUCACUAGAAAAGAUAGUCCAAACUAUCCAGGAGACAUUUCCUAACUACCCAAGAAACGCAAUCCUGAAAAUAAUUGGAGAAAUGAGAAAGGCCAAUGGUGGGACACUGUCUGAUUUUUCAGAAAUCCAACUUUCUACUGCAAUAGCUGACAAGAUCAUUGAGGAUAGUGCAGGACAGGCCUCAGGACAUACUGCCUUCAGCUCAGAGGAAUCACUGUCAGGCCAAGGACCUCGCAACACAGAUUGCAGCAUUUGUCAUGAAACUAUUCACUUUGAGGAUGCUUUGACGUUGGAUUGCCAUCAUAAAUUUCAUGAGAUGUGUAUUCAGAAAUGGUUGGAGGAAGAGCGUUCAUGUCCCAACUGCAGGAAAUAUGUUCUACUGAAAGAAGAGUUCCCAUCUCUGAGAUAAUCAAUUAUUUAAUGUGAUUUGUUUCAGAUUCAACAUCGCUGGCAUACAUUUCAUUUCAAAUUAAAUACAUGAAACAAAUGAUUUCCUAGGAAAAAAAAUAUCUAAAACUUAAUUACAUUUUGCAUGUCUGGUCAGAAAUUUUUUUUUUUUUUAGUGCCAACUUUCAUCAGUAUUAAAUACUUAAGUCUCUUCAAAAUGUUUGUAAACAGUUUUAUUUUAUUUGAAAUCCUUACAUCAUUCCUUCUUAAAAUCCUUUUCCUGAGAGUCCUCAAGAGAAUUUGUUUUUUGGAAAUUGUUGUUUUUUUUUGUUCAUUUAAAGUCUCACUUUUAUUUACUAUAAACAUUUUGGAGAGAGCCUGCUGUUUUUUAUAAUUCAUAUUUGUGACCCAUUAUUAUAAAAUCAAUAAGAUUCUGUAAAAAUAUUUUUUAACUGCUGUCACGUUUUUGUAAAAAACAAACAUUAUUUGGCUUUUUGUAGGGUAAAUUUAUAUUGAUUCUCUUGACAAAUUGUUACCCAACAUAUAGCAGCAGGGUAUAUGGCAGCAACUAUUUGAACAUCUAGGUUUGUCUUUCAUUGUUCUGGUUCUUUAAUGUUUUUUUCCAUAUAUUUGUCAAUUUUAGCCACUUAUCAAUUAUAAGAACUGCUUGAUCCAUUUUUUGUAUUUAAAGUUUAAAAUUGAACAUUCUCAGUUAAAUAAUUCAAAGAGAAGACGUAAUAGUGACUGGCUUCUCUUUUGAACUCUUUGUCACCGGAAUUUUUUCUAUCUUUCUGAUGAAUUUUUGCUGUUUACUUGUUUCACAGCGACCUAAAUAACUUAUUUAGGUAAUGUUUAUUAUUAGAUAGAAUAGUAUCAAAGAAAAAGUAUGAUUGAUGCACAGUUAAUAAUAUUUCAAUUAAUGAGAAUGUUUUCAGGACACUUUCAAAUCACAAUAUAUGAUGCUAAUCUUUUGAAAUAUUUCUAUAAAUCUUCAUGUUGAAAAGAAAGUUUAAUUAAACCUUGUAAUCUUUUUUUUUCCUAGUGUUAAAAGAAUAUCCAGAUCAUUUUUCAUCUAAAUCAAAAAUAAAAUAAUUUUUCUAUAGUCAUUUAUUUAAGUAUUUAAAAUUAAGACGUAUGUAAAUCACUGAUUUGGGAAAUAAUAAAUGGGAUUAUUUGCCCAGAGAUCUAGAUUGCGAUAAAUCUGAAUUAUAUUUCCUUGAUUAGUAAUUGAAACAAUACUAAGUUUAUGAUCAUGUAUGUUAUAUCUAGUACUAUACUGAGCUAGUUCAUGACACCUGAGACUGUUUAAAAAAAACAACACAGUUACUGUUAUACAGAAUUCCUUUUAAUUUUAAAAUCGUUAGAUAAAAGCAAUGCUCAUUAUCUAAAAUCAAAGAUUAACACUUCUGAAUUUUUGUAUUUUUAUUGACUUCAAAAAUAAAAUUUCACUAGCUAGAAAGUCUUUUAAUGUCAGUGCAGAUAUAAAUUUAGUAAACAAGAAUGUAUGAUGUAUAAAUUUGAUCUGAUGUUAUCUAUCUUAGUGUAGCUUUUAAAAAGUAAAUCUGAUUUAAUAUUUAGAUUUUCUCACUUUUCUGGUUUAUCACAAUGAUUUUAUUAUUGAUCUUUGUCACAAUAUAUACAUUACUUAGAUUUACAUGUUGUCACAAUAUUUAUUCUAUUGUUACAUCACAAACUACUAUUAUUUAAUAAAAGUGUAUUUAAUGCUGUUAAAGAAUGACAAGAAAUCUUUUGGGCCAAUAACAUUUAAUUUUUUUUCCCAGCGAUUUAGUGACUUUUUAAACGUCUAAAUGUGUUUCUUAGUGAAAUUGAAUGAUUAGUUAUAACCUGAGUAGUCUGUUUUUCAUAUGUGACACUGAUGAAGGUCGGCUGUUUCCAACUAAUGUAUCUUUUAUGUCUUUCAAAACUAAAGAGAAUGAAUAAAAUAAUACGAUUACAAUUUGUAACUUUUUAAAUGUAUUUUUUUUAUCUGUUUGUGUUGCUGUGGUUACAGUUUAAUUGAAAAAUUUAAUUCACCAGUGACAAACUGGCAUUUUUUUGGUUUAUCUUGAUGAUAAUAAAAUAGGGUUAGGGUUAAGAGAAUGAAUAAAAUAAUACGAUUACAAUUUGUAACUUUUUAAAUGUAUUUUUUUAUCUGUUUGUGUUGCUGUGGUUACAGUUUAAUUGAAAAAUUUAAUUCACCAGUGACAAACUGGCAUUUUUUUGGUUUAUCUUGAUGAUAAUAAAAUAACUUAGAAGCCACACUAACAAAAAAGAAACAAAAAACAGUGUGAUUAGAAAUGCCAAUUUUUAAUCGAAGCUUUGAUUAGUGUCAAACAAAAACAUCUCAAUUUGCUUGCUACUGUAUUUGUAGAAAUGUUACCAUAAAUAUGUGUUAGAUUGGGGCAAUUUUUAUCUGUCAAAGUCUUUCGCAAAUGACACCAUUCAGGCCAUGUUAUUCCUGAUUUUUGUUUCCUAAUUAUUCUAACCUAACAUUACCACUAGUCUGCACUCAAUUUGUAUCUUCCCAAAUAGUAAGUAAAUAAGUUAAGUACCAUUUCCAGUCCUCGUGAUCUAUGAUAAGUCAUCUGUUUCUAUGGCAGACGGUUAACCACCUUUUUUUUCCCCAAGUUAACAUCAGGUAUCCAUUAGAGUUGGGUGGAUUAAUCCUAAAAUUUUAAAUCUCAGUCUUCACUAAGAUUCGAACCUGAGAUCAUCUCAGCUAACAUGCCCUUCCCCUAAUCAUGCUAAAUAUUAGAUCAUUAUUUUAAAUAUUGCAAGUACAAAAAACAUCAGUGUUUCCCAAAGUGGAGUACGCGUACCCCCAUGGGUACGGGAAGACUUUGGAGGGGGUACAUGUUGCACCUCAUUAACUAUGCUGAUUUUUACUAUGUUCUGUUAAUAAAUUACAUUAUAAAAGGGGUACACAUAGGUCAAAAGUUUGGGAAACACUGGUGUAGAUUAUACUUUAAAAUGUUCUCAGUUACAGCUAGUCAUCUUAUUUCUCAUUCGGUAUUUUAUCAUAUUGUCAAACCAUGAUUUAAGAUUAUUAAUAUUAAAAGAAAUUUUCCUGGCAAACAAUUAAUAUAGUUUUUACUGUAAUUUUAUUUGCUUUAGUCCGGAGUGUCCAUCUCAUUGGAAAGAGCUCUGUGAAACAUGGACAUUAGCUUGGACCCCUUUUAGGGAGAUGGCUUUGUUCAAUCAGGCUUACAAGCCUAGAGUUCCAAGAGUUUCAUCUCAACUCUUUUGACUGUAAAAUGGAAUGCCAGCCUCCCUACAGAUUAAUAAAAGCGAAUUAUUAGCAAAGUUUUUACAAGCACAUUGUAAAUAAAUAAGGCUUGUCUUCACGUCCGAAGCACAUUGCAAACUCCAAAGGAAAAUAAAUGGUUGCCUAUGACAACAAGAUCGUCAUAGGGAAAAAAAUAGAAUGAUUAGUGAGGAUUUCAAACAUGUUUCUAUAUAAAUUGUCUGUACCAAUUGUUACAUUAAAUUUUUGACCUGAUUACAUUGUGACAUAAUCUCA